UUAUCAAGCCACGAAGAUGUAUUUGGUGUCAUAAAAAAAAAAAAAGAUCACGUAAAAGAACGUUUAGACAAGCAAAAGUCGUCGUAAACGUGGGGGGAAAAAAACAAUUAAUACAUUGAUGGAGUUAAUUAAAUACAUACCACCCUAGCGAUAAAUAUACAUUGUUACGAACAUUGAACACGCGUUUGUGAGAUCCAUUCGUUUUUGUUUCGUCCUGUUUGAAUCGAUUCCGUUAAAAACGUAACAGACGGUUGAGUAACACUGCAAUACUGCGUGGUCCACACCCAGCGCGCGUGUUGAUAUCGUUGGUAAUUUUUUGUUUGAAUAAUGUAAAAUCUCACUAAAACAAAGCUCCCCAUUUGUUGUAGCAUGUGCGCGAAACUGUGUCCGUGCGAUAGAAUAAUAGUUUACACUGGAAUGUGCCGAAUUUAGACAUCGUUUUGGCUUAGCUACUGCUAGAAGCGUUAAUAUAUCGUGCGUAGCGCUGGUAGGCUUAUUGAUUCCCUCCGUAUCAAUGGUUUUGUUUAGUAAGUUAAUCUCUAUUAAAGUAAACAGAAAUCCAAACCUUAAUUAGUUGUUGCAUUAAGUAAAAAAAUGUAGUGUUUAUGUUCCGGAGUCUGAAUAAAAUAAACCGAUGCAUAGGGCGCAAACGCUGAUAACUAUUGCUAGCUAAUAAUGUGACUCACAGGCGAUAGGUGGUCGUUCGGUCAAUUCUUUUUUUAUAUAUAAUUCUAGGUUACUGGCGAAGACAACAAAACUAAAGACGAAGAUCUGUUAUCUGGAGAUGAGUACUGGCGGAUUUAAAUGUAACGGAUCGCAGCUGUUAGUAAUUAUUUUCCAAACGGCCACAACCGAACGCGUGAAAGGCGCCAGAUGGCAAAAAACGUUGGUUUGCGGUGGAGCAGGUAGCGUCUACAAAUUGUGUCUCUGCAGAAUGCAGAUUCCCUUCAACAGCAAGUAAAAAAACAACAACAUCAACACAUCCUUCUCGAUCGAUAUGUCAUCAGCGUACGACAAAAAAUCCCCAAAAACUCCCCCCCAAACAACAUUUUUCUACAUUCCAUCUCAGCCGGCUGUAAUCCACCCAAGCGCCGGGAGACGUGUGGACUCAAGCAGCAGUCAAUCAUGCGACCCACCCACCAACCCAUCUCUUUCUCUCUCACUCUCUUCAUGGUUUUGCUCUAAGCUAGAGCAUCCCGCUCGCGAAACGGGGGAAAACAGUUAACCGUUUCAACCGAUUCCGAACUCGAAUCACGACAAAAGAGAUACGAAGCGACAGCAAGGGAAGCCCAUAAAGAAAAGCCCAAACAUCCCCCUCCUUCCCUCUCAGCAUCCGUACGUACCUUCCGCCCCUCCCCUCCCAUCCCCUCCUCAAAUGACGUACAUACCUUUUCCACGGAGCCCGAACCGUUCCCGACCGCCCGACGUUCGCCUCGGUGGCGAAUCCUCAUCGAUCCGUCCGUGGCUGCCCACCACCCCCGAAGGUAGGCAAACUGGCCCGAAACGAACUUUAGGCGAACCACCGACACCUCCUCGCGUCCACUAACCCUCUUCCCUCCCCCCCCCCCUUUAUGCCCACGCACAAAUGCCAAAUGAAGCUGUCCGGGGAGUCUCCUCGCUUGGCGCAAACGAUCGGAAAGAUUACGAUUAAUGGGGCUCCUGUGCCUCCCACCUCCACCCCGCUCACAUUGCCCGAAAACAAUGCCAUCAUUAUCCUGCACGCCUCCCUCCCCCCCCCUCCCCUUACAUUGCUAUUAUCGCCCAUAACCGUUAAGGGGUUGGAUGAUUAUUAUUUUAUUGACGUUAUUUGUACCACACGCGCGCCCGCCCGCGGUAAUGGUGAGUUAUCGUGCUGCCUUCCUUGCUGGCCAGCCAGAAAGCACCCUCCCCCACCCCCCUUCCCCCAAAGUGGAGCUGAAAAUAAAUACCCCAUAAUGAUCUCUCCUUCACGCUCGCUUUCCGUUCUGCUUCCUCCCUCUCUCUUUCUCUCUCUCUCUCGAACCAAGGAUCUGACAUUCAAUACCGUUCGGCCGGCGGUCCCGUCCGAAAUGGCGCAAAUAAGACUUGACCUACUCCAUCCGAGCGAGACACACACACACACACACACACACACACUCACAUUCACAACCGACAUGGUGUAACUCUUUUGGAUGCUCUGGGAUACCUUCCAACUCCCCCACACCCGUUGCGCGCAGCUGCUCUCCGCACGCAGUUGUUCGGGUUCGUUCGGGCCACGCUCGUUGUGCGUCUAUUUUUACGCGGGAAAUUUUCAUUUUUCAAAAACACCACACCAGCAACCGGCGCACUGUGGAAUGUGAGCGAGGGAGAGGAAGGAAGUGGGGGGAGGGGUUUGGGUGGAAAAUCGAGAAGCUCAAGCGCAGCAAUGCAGAGAGACCGUUUUUCAAGAUGGAAUUAACUCUGCGAGCGAAUGAUUGCGGAAGCGAAUGUUUGAGCAAUUUCCCUGUUCCGCAAGCGCAAGCAGUUGCUCAUCUUACAUUGUGUCGUUGCGAUGAGCAUUGCUGCUGCACACACACACACAUACACGCACAUGUACAACACCAACUUUAUGGUUGUAAAAUUGUCUCCCAACAGUUGGUCGCCCAUGCAGCAGUGCGCUCCGGCAUUUGCGCAAGUCGGAUCGCGAUCAAACUCUUUUCAUUCUUGCUCUUGCCGUGCUUCUCUCUCUCUCUCUCUGCUCCUCUCUUUUUCUCAAUAUUUCAACAUUUUCCACCUUAACCACCGACGAUCGCUUAGGUAAACUGGAGCUCUGUCGAUACUGGUGGGCAAUUAGCGCACCAGCUUCAGGUGUGGUCCAACGGUGCCGUGCAAAAGCUAACGCGCUGCCACAAGAAAGCUCUCCAAUAGGUUCUCAACCAGACCCGUGCGCGCGCGUGUCAGUGUCUAUGGGAGCUUUUUCCAUUGUCAUUUUUGCUGUAAUUUCUCAUUAGAAUUAUGAUUUAAACAAAAAAAAACAACUUUUACUGUCCAUUCAAAAACAUUACGAAGAGAGCAAAGAGAGGGAGAGAAUGAAAGAGAGAGAGAGAGAGAGAGAGAGAGAGAGAGAGAGAAAUUGGCACCACAUAACUCCCGAGAAAUGUUUAUUUUCUCCCAUGCCAAAGGACAGUGCCGCCGGGUAAGUGUGUUGUGUCCCCACAGUUGUCCGCAAGCAUCUAGCCGGUCCGGACACACACGGCAGACGACGACACGCGCACGCACACGACGCAGCCCUUCCCACCAGGACCCACGGCUCCUCCUGUGGUGACAGGUUUUUCCUUUUUCCCCCGAUUUUUCCGAAAUUGUUCAAGCGAGAGAGAGAGAGAGAGCGAUAGAGAGAGAGUGAGAAAGCGCAACCGAUCAAAUCAAACGUGUGGCAACGAUCAACGGUGCUGGGCGUGACCGACGAUCAACAAACGACCCCCGUUCGCCCGUCCAGGAUAUGUUGCGGGUGGCUCGUGUGCAGGUGUGAGUGAGUGUGUGUGUGUAUCUCGAAGCAAACGAUAGUGCACGUGUGUGUGGGGGUGUGUGUGGGGUGACGAGGCGAUGGUGGCGAACCGACGGCUGCUGCUGGCGGGCGGGCUGCUCUGCCUGCUCGCCCUGCUGCUGGUGGUGGGCGAGGCGGACGGGUUCCGGCUGCGCGAGCACGGCCAGGAGGAGGGGCUCGCGGUGGUGAAGCGCAAGGUAGCGGCCCGCGGCAAAGGUGACGCACCGUGGUCGGCGGUGACGCGCAAACCCUGGCCAGUGAAGGACGAUGACGACGAGGACGACGAGGAUGAGGAGGAAGAUGAUGAGGAGGAUGAGGAGGAGGAAACGGAGGAGCAGGCCGCCAUCCGGAGAGCGACCCAGCAGCGGCUGCUCCGCGCCCGCCACGGGCUGAAGAGCCGCGACAAGCGCCCGGCGGCCGCCAGCGAACGGAGGGAGACGGUGCGCGGUCGGGGAGAUGCCGCCGCCGCCGCCGCCGACAACGACGACGACGACGAUGAGGAUGAAGUAGCCGAAGCCGAGCCGCGCUCUAUUUUUAACCUGUUCGGGUUGCUUGGCUCGCGGCAGCGCACCGACAGCGAUGACGAGCGACGAACCGCCGACGGUGACGUCGAUGACGACGACGAUGACGACGAUGGCGAGAAAGAGACGCGCCAGCACACGAAGGAGAAGCAGCGGGAGACGGUGCGGCCCGCCCGGAAGGGGCAGGAGCCGACCGACGAGGCGAGCUGGCUGGAAGGGUUGAAGCGCGCGCUCGAGACGGUGCUGAAGCCGGCGGCCGACGACCAUGCGGCGAAGGAGGAAGCGUCGGACGGUGGGCUGCUGCGGUGGGUGCAAUCGUUCCGUGCCGAUGCCGACCGGAAGGAGAAGGACAAUCCGAUUAUCAACCUGCUCGCCAGCUGGCUCGCCUCGGCGGACGGGGGGGCCGACUCGCAGGAAGAGAUUCGCUUCCGGCCCGCCGGCUCGUACGCCGACGACGGUGAGUCGGACGCGGACGACGGUAACGCCCCGGCCAGACAGCGCGGCCGGCCCAAGACCGCGCCCGACUCGAAGCUCGUCCAGCUGCUCAACCACAGCCCGAUCGCGUCCCUCUUCCAUCCGGCCGAGCUGCCGGCCGAGCCGCCGGUCGAGGCCGGCCCGAAGCGCACCAAGCGGUCGGCCGCCGACGGGCCGGCCCGGGUCGUGAAGCAGCGCAUCGCCAUCUCGCCGGAGGACUUCGAGCAGCUGCUGCUGCGCGUGCCCUCCUUCGUGCCGGACUACACGCGGGUGCGCGGAGCCGAGUGCCGCCGGCAGGGCGAAAUCUUCGAGCGGCAGCUGCGGGGCAAGCGGCUCUGGGCGCUGCAGAUGAUCGAUGCGAGCGCGCGGCUCGCGUCCGGGCUGCUGCGCGGCAACGCCAACCAGCUCGGCGACUUCGACCUGUGCACCGGCAUUGCGACGCGCGUGCGGGUGCGCGAGGACGAGCUGGUCCGGCUGCGCGGCAAGUACUGUCUCGCGCACGUGGACGUGGUGGCGGAGGAUGCCGAGCUGCGCGUCCCGGUGCAUCUGCUCCAGGGCGGCGGGUUCGUCAAGAGUACGCUCAACGAUCCGGACCACUUCCUGCCCCGCUUUACCACGAUCAACUGGGGCAUCUGUUUGCCGGCCGCCUGCUCGUUCGAGGACGCGGGCAGCAUCGUGCAGCACUUCGUGCGGCCGUACAACUCCACCGGCAUCAAGCUGUUCCUCGAGCUGGAGGAGGCGAACUGUCACGUCCGCCAGGUGCGCACCUGGUCCCGGCUGCUCAAGGACCACUGGCAGCUGGUAGCCGUGUUUGGUUUCUACACGUUCGUGGCCGUGGUAACGCUGGUCGCGACGCUGAACGACUACGAAAUUUUCAUCAAGAUUGAGCCACCGUCCGCGCAGGACUCGCCGCUCGAUCCGCCCGAGCGCCGCACGACGAACGCGUUCCACCAGACGCUGAUGGCGUUCUCGCUCAAGCAGACGCUGCCGCAGCUGUUCGGGGCGGCCGGCGGUGCGUCCGACGACCAUCUGCCCUGCCUGGACGGGCUGAAGGCGCUGGCCGGCGGUGCCCUCUUCCUAGCGCUGCGGCUCGUCCCGCUCGGCUACCAGCCGUUCACCAACCGGAACGAGUUCACCGACAGCUUCAACGCACCGUGGAGCGUCGCGGUCCGGCUGCUGAUGCUGUACGCGGACGUGUUUCUGGUGGUGAGCGGCUUCCUCGCCGCCUACCGCAUGGUGCGGGAGUACCGCGAGCGGGCCCGCGUCUCCUGGUUCAAGCGCAUCGCCGGCCGGUACCUCAGGCUGGUGUUCCCGCUCGUGCCGGUGCUGAUGUUCUACGCCUGGGUCUGGGAGCAUCUCGGCAGCGGACCGCAGUGGGGCGACGUGGUGACGAAGAACGCGAACCUCUGCAAGCACGGCUACCUCAGCAAUCUGCUCUUCAUGCACAACUGGUACCCGAUCGAGGAGACGUGCGCUCCGCACACCUUCCAGCUGGCGAUCGAGAUGCAGCUGAGCGUGCUGGCCCCCUUCCUGCUGGUGAUACUGGUGCGCAGCCCGUUCUACGGGACCGCCGCCUACGUCCUGCUGAGUGCGCUCUCGACCGCGAUCCGCUUUGCCUCCACGACCGAGGACCGGCUGGCCCCGUACGUGUUCCACGGCGUCCGGCUCACGCAGCUCUAUCGCACGCUCAACCUGUCCUUCGCCGAGACGCUGCACCGCCUGACGCCCUACCUGGCCGGCUUCGGGCUCGGCUAUCUGCUGCAGGAGGUGGGCCGUUCCCGCCCGGAGCGCGGCGUCCGGUACGCCGGCUGGCUCGGAGCCGCCGUCGCCCUGCUCUGGUGCGUCUGCUUCCCGCUCGACAUCGUGCGCAAGGACUUCCGGUACGAGCCGGCCGAUGCGGCCCAGUUCGCCGCCCUCGCUCCGCUCUCCUGGUCGGUCGGCCUGUGCUGGACCAUCUACUACUGUCUGACCGAGCCGGCCAGCCUGCUCAACCGGCUGCUCAGCUCCCGGCCGCUGGUCUGUCUCGGGCGGCUCACCUACUCGCUCACGCUCGUGCAGUUUCUCGUGUUCUUCUACUUCGCCGGCACGACGCGCGGCACGAGCGUGUUCAGCUUCGCCGGGUACGUGAACCGGACGGAGGUGUGCAUUGCGCUCGGGGCGGCCCUCGCCCUCACGCUGCUGUUCGAUCUGCCCAUCCAGAACGUGAAGCGGCUGCUCGACCAGUACGGUGUGUUCGAGGGGCUGGAGGUGCGGCCCUCGGUGCAACCACAGCAGCAGCCGGCGGAAGCGGCAGCUGAGGCCGAGCCGGUGGCGGAGCCAGAGCUCGAAAAGAGUGAACCGCCGGAGGCAGCUGCGUCGGAGGGAGCUGCACCGGAGCAGGCGGACUUUGUGAGCCCGUUCGACGAUCAGGAGGAGGAAGAUGAGGGCCUCUGGCUGCGCAAGCGUACGGCAGCGCCGGUGGAAGAGCCGACCGCUCCGGAGGAGGACUUCUGGGCCCAGAGCUCCGAGCCCGAGGUGCAGGAGGAGGCAGCUCCGAAGGAGAUCGCAACGGAGCACGAAUCACCGUCGGCGACGAACCCGCCCGAACAGGAGGAAGAGCCUGAGCAGGAAGAGGAGGAGGAGGAAGAGGAAGAAGAGGAAGAGGAAGAAGAGGAGGAAGAGGAGGAGGAGAUCGACGAGGAGAAGGAGGUGAAGCGACGCCCCGCCACCAACGGUGCCAGCUGGUCCCGCCUGUAGCACCACGAAGCGCCGCGACGACGCCAACGCAAUAUAAAGAACGAACUUUAUUUAACUAAAAGACAACGACAACCCGUUCAAAGUGUCA